CAGAGAAGUGGACCUAAAUGUUAAAUCUGUGAGUGAAGACCGUAGUAGCGCUCCCACACCCAAGCCAACCUCCAAAAGAGAACUACAAUUCCCAACAGCCCCUGCAGAUGGCUGGCCGCUGCCACUACGCGCCUGCGCAGUUGCGGAAGCUCCGACUUUGGUUCCCGCCAAUUCUCGUGCUAAUCCUGCCUGAGUUGAGUUCUGCGUUUCAUGGAGACGUUUGACCCUACCGAGCUGCCCGAGCUGCUUAAGCUUUAUUACCGGAGGCUCUUUCCCUACGCCCAGUACUAUCGCUGGCUGAACUAUGGCGGAGUGGUAAAGAAUUACUUUCAACACCGUGAAUUUUCAUUCACGUUGAAAGAUGACAUUUACAUUCGCUACCAAUCUUUCAACAACCAGAGUGAGCUGGAAAAGGAGAUGCAGAAAAUGAAUCCAUACAAGAUUGAUAUAGGCGCGGUAUAUUCCCACAGACCCAAUCAGCACAAUACAGUGAAGCUGGGAGCUUUCCAGGCUCAGGAAAAAGAGCUGGUCUUUGACAUUGACAUGACAGACUAUGAUGAUGUGAGGAGAUGUUGUAGUUCUGCAGACAUAUGUUCCAAGUGCUGGACCCUCAUGACGAUGGCCAUACACAUCAUUGAUCGAGCAUUGAAGGAGGACUUUGGAUUUAAACAUCGUCUCUGGGUAUAUUCUGGAAGGAGAGGAGUUCAUUGUUGGGUCUGCGAUGAAUCAGUUAGGAAACUGUCCUCUGCAGUACGUUCUGGGAUAGUUGAGUAUCUGAGUCUUGUAAAGGGUGGUCAAGACGUUAAAAAGAAAGUUCAUCUAAAUGAAAAAAUUCACCCUUUUGUCAGAAAAUCUAUAAACAUAAUUAAAAAAUACUUUGAAGAAUAUGCCUUGGUUGGUCAAAAUAUUCUUGAAAAUAAAGAAAGCUGGGAUAAGAUUUUAGCCCUUGUUCCUGAAACAAUGCAUGAUGAACUUCAACAAAGCUUCCAAAAGCAUCAGAAUUCACUUCAGCGUUGGGAGUAUUUGAAGAAAGCAGCCAGCAGAUAUCAGAAUAACAGCAAAAACGAUAAAUGUGGACCCUGGCUUGAGUGGGAAAUUAUGCUCCAGUACUGUUUUCCACGACUGGAUAUCAAUGUUAGCAAAGGAAUCAAUCAUUUACUGAAGAGCCCUUUUAGUGUUCAUCCUAAAACAGGUCGCAUUUCUGUGCCUAUUGAUUUACAGAAAGUGGAUCAGUUUGACCCAUUUACUGUUCCAACCAUAAGUUCCAUCUGCCAUGAAUUGGAUGCUAUUUCUACUAAUGAAGAAGAAAAAGAGAAUGGAGAUGAAUCUGGUAUCAAACAUAGAACCAGAGAUUAUAAGAAAACCAGUCUAGCUCCUUUUGUAAAAGUUUUUGAACAGUUUCUUGAAAACCUGGAUAGAUCCCGGAAAGGAGAGCUUCUCAAGAAGAGUGAUUUACAAAAAGACUUCUGAAGAUAACAACUCCCUUUAUACCAAUGUGGAUAUCUUCUACUUUCAAUCAAGAAUUAAAUACUUCAAGAGCCGUUUAAUAAAUACAGCAGAACUAUGUAUCUA